UAUUCUGCAUCAAUCCUUGCGAAAUGCGCAAGAAUAAAGGACAUCCGGGGGAGUAGCAUUUCCGAAAUAGAGACCGGGCCAACAGGUCCGGACGAGGCCAGAUAGAGCAUAAUGUGCUAGAAGGCCUUCCUAUAAACCAAUAUAGGGAGAUCGAGAUUGCAAUUGGCCCAAAUUUGGGCGACAACAAGCCAGUGGAUAAGGACGCUUGGCCCGAACUCCCUAUGCCACGGGAUUCCCAUAUGUUACCGGAUCAUUCUCAACAACUACUCCGUGCGGCGCGAUCUGGACGGAUUUACAAGCCUCCGGCUCCACCCGAAGAUGACAAUGAGAUGAAAGAUGAAGAGGAGGAGAGCAAGGAUGUGCAGACCGGCUUCACUAUCAAGAAAUAUAUCAAAGUUGCACGACACCUCGAAGCACCCGAGCCUGAGUAUCUUGCCAAGAGGAGGAAAGGUCUCCCGUCACAGUACGUGCACGGUCAGGUGCAACCAGCCAUGAGGGAGACCAAGGUCAAGAAGCUAGACGCGGAAGGGAACGUCAGCGUCUUCAAGGUCCUUGUUCCAGAAGGCCAGGCCGUAGAGGGCGAGGUUCAGCCCACGGAUGAUGCCAUCGAAGUCGUCCCAAUCGCUGCCGCACCUGGAACGAUCGUAGAGGGAGUUGGCGUUGUGAAUGCAGAAGGUGUAGUAGUCGCCAGUGAUAUUAUGCAGCAAACGCCACCGCGAAGACGGCCACCACCACCAAAAAAGAAGGUGAAACGCGCAGGACCCGGCAGAGGAAAGAAAAAGGUGGUCUUCAUCGAAGGAGCAGCAGAACAAGGGACACCAACCUCGCAUGCGGGAAGUGAUAUGCUCGCUCUUCCUGGUGUCAAACAGGACGUGGAAAUGUCUGACAGGGAUACGCCAAUGGGUGAGGGUGGAGCAGAAGAAGAGGAAGGUUCCGGGGAAGAGAUGUCAGACGACGAUGAAAUGGACCACACACCGGCACCGACGACGCCUCCCAAACCGAUCAGCGCACCGGCCAGCGAUCCCAUCAAUGAGCCCGUCAAUGAGCCCGUCAGUGAGCCAGUUAUCCAUCCAGUCGACACGCCAGACAGAACUAUGUCGGAUGUCGCUGCUGUCCCAGAAGUCCCAACAACCGAUCUUGUAGAAAAACCACAGCUGCCUGCAGAGAGUGAAUCACACGCGCCGCCUACAUCUUUGGCCGUGACCGAAGAGCGUGUCAUCGAAGAAGACUCAUCCAGCUCUCCAGACCUACCACUCUCCACCAUAAGUCAUAGCAGACAAAAUUCUCCAAGUCAAAUUCCUGCUUCUGCGACCUCAGACUACCCUGUACUUUCGGAGGCCGGUCAGGCACCCGAGCCUGUAUCUGAACUCGACAGUACCGAAGUAGCCCCCGCGGACAACCCCUCUGCUCCAGCAUCAGAUAGUGGAAUGGAUCUGCUGGGGAGCCUGGAAAGGCAACUGGAGAAGGAUAGCGAGGACAUGGCGGCCUCUUGAUGUGGCUAUGUCUUUGCACAAUGAAUAGGGGGUUAUGCACUUGCGCCUCGUAUGUGCUGUUCCCAGGCUCCUUAUUGUUUGUGCUGUUUGUUAGGCUUGGAUUUAAUGUUUUAGUUUGCAUAACUCAAAACUGGCGUG